AUGAGCAUAACCGAAGAAGAAGAAGGGAAAGGAGGUUCCAGGAAGCGCCGGCGUGAGGCGGAAACUGCAUUCCGGGGAGUGAGGAAGCGGAGCUGGGGACGUUACGUAUCGGAGAUAAGGCUGCCGGGUCAGAAAACCCGGAUAUGGCUCGGGUCCUUCGCGUCGCCUGAGAUGGCGGCCAGGGCUUAUGACUCCGCCGCUUUCUUCUUGAAAGGAACAUCUGCCAUCCUUAAUUUCCCCGACCUCGUCCACUCCCUUCCUCGCCCUCUCUCCUCCUCCCGGAGAGACAUACAAUCCGCCGCCGCAACAGCCGCUCUCCACCCUCCUUCUCUCGCUACCAACAGCAGCGGCACCUGGUGGGACAACUUGGGAGACGAAUCCAGGAUUUCGACGACGUCGUUUGAGGAUGUGAAAGAGGCGCCUCUGAUGAGCCCCCUAAGGGUGGACUUCACUUUCGGAGAUUUCUCCUGGAACAACCUCUUCCAUUUCAACUAUGAUGACAUUCUUAUGUCGUGA